CAGGGGGAGGGAGCCGGCACCUCCCCCCCUCCUGGGGGCGGAGCUCUUCAUAGGGGCGGUGCGGGCCGGACCAAGGGGCCGAGCCCGUGCGGCUAGCGUCCUCAGCGCUUUCCACCUUCCUAGGAUGCGGGCUCCGGGUGCGGGAGCGGCCUCUGUGGCCUCGCUGGCGCUGCUAUGGCUGUUGGGGCUGCCGUGGAUCUGGAGCGCGGCCGCAGCGCUCUGUGUGUACGUGGGCAGCGGCGGCUGGCGCUUUCUGCGCAUCGUCUGCAAGACAGCGAGGCGGGACCUCUUUGGCCUCUCUGUAUUGAUUCGUGUACGCCUGGAGCUGCGAUGGCAUCAGCGUUCUGGCCACACCAUCCCACACAUCUUCCAGGCAGUGGCACAGGGGCAGCCAGAGCGCCUGGCCCUGGUGGAUGCCAGCAGUGGUGUGUCCUGGACCUUUGCACAGUUGAAUACCUACUCCAAUGCUGUGGCCAACCUCUUCCUCCAGCUGGGCUUCGUACCGGGAGAUGUAGUGGCGAUCUUCCUGGAGGGCCGGCCCGAGUUUGUGGGGCUGUGGCUGGGCCUGGCCAAGGCAGGCGUGGAGGCUGCACUGCUCAAUGUUAACCUGCGACGUGAACCCCUGGCCUUCUGCCUGGGCACAUCAGGAGCCAAGGCCUUGAUCUUUGGUGGAGAAAUGGCAGCGGCUGUGGCUGAGGUCAGUGGACAGCUGGGAAAGAGCCUCCUUAAGUUCUGCUCUGGAGACUUGGGGCCGGAGAACAUCUUGCCGGAUACACACCUCCUGGACCCAAUGCUGAAGGAAGCCUCCACGUCCCCCCUUGCACAGCCCCCCAGCAAGGGCAUGGAUGAUCGGCUCUUCUACAUCUAUACGUCGGGGACCACGGGGCUGCCCAAAGCUGCCAUUGUCGUGCAUAGCAGGUACUACCGCAUUGCCGCCUUCGGCCACCAUGCCUACCGCAUGCAGGCGACUGAUGUGCUCUACGACUGCCUGCCUCUGUACCACUCGGCAGGGAACAUCAUGGGUGUGGGACAGUGUCUCCUCUACGGGUUGACCGUCGUCCUCCGCAAGAAAUUUUCAGCCAGCCGCUUCUGGGAUGACUGCGUCAAGUACAACUGCACGGUGGUCCAGUACAUCGGGGAAAUCUGCCGCUACUUGCUGAAGCAGCCCGUGCGGGAGGCUGAGAAGCGGCACCUUGUACGCCUGGCAGUGGGCAACGGGCUGCGGCCGGCCAUCUGGGAGGAGUUCACGCAGCGCUUUGGCGUGCGCCAGAUUGGCGAGUUCUACGGGGCCACCGAGUGCAACUGCAGCAUUGCCAACAUGGAUGGCAAGGUCGGUGCCUGUGGCUUUAACAGCCGCAUCCUGCCCCAUGUGUACCCCAUCAAACUGGUAAAGGUCAAUGAAGACACUAUGGAGCUGCUGCGGGAUGCCCAGGGCCUCUGCAUCCCAUGCCAGACUGGGGAGCCUGGCCUGCUCGUGGGCCAAAUCAACCAGCAGGACCCACUGCGACGCUUUGAUGGCUAUGUGAGUGAGAGCGCCACCAGCAAGAAGAUCGCCUAUAGUGUCUUCCGCAAGGGUGACAGCGCCUACCUUUCAGGUGAUGUGCUGGUGAUGGAUGAACUUGGCUACAUGUACUUCCGGGACCGCAGUGGGGACACCUUUCGCUGGCGUGGCGAGAAUGUCUCUACCACUGAGGUGGAGAGUGUGCUGAGCCGUUUGCUGGGCCAGACAGAUGUGGCCGUGUAUGGGGUGGCCGUGCCAGGAGUGGAGGGCAAAGCAGGAAUGGCAGCCAUUGCAGACCCACACAGCCAGCUGGACCCCAACGUAGUGUACCAGGAGCUGCAGAAGGUGCUGGCACCCUAUGCCCGGCCCAUAUUCUUGCGUCUCCUGCCCCAGGUGGACACCACAGGGACCUUCAAGAUCCAGAAGACGAGGCUGCAGCGUGAGGCUUUUGAUCCACGUCAGACAUCAGACCGGCUCUUCUUCCUGGACUUGAAGAAGGGCCACUACCUGCCCCUGGACGAGGGUGUCUACAGCCGCAUCUGCUCGGGUGCCUAUGCCCUCUAAUACUUCUCUCCUGCCAGCCAGAGACUCCCAACCAGAGCUGUUGGGUGAGGUGGGCUUGAGCUGGACAGCCCUACCCGGGGGCUAUCUCUCUUGCACACCCACCUGGUGGAGCCACACUUGGCCAUCCUGGGGGCAAAAAACUGGAAUUUCAGAGGACCCCAAUUCUCUCUCCUCCUUUGCACUCCUGUGUAUGUUUGUCUGUCGGUGUGCCCUCAUUGCUCCUCUGUCUUCUGUGUCCUUGUCUGGCCUCAUCUCUCCCCUCUUUUCCUUCAUCUUUCUUCUCUCCUGCCAAGAGCAGAGCAAACAUUUCUUGGGAGCUGCAUCCUCUGCAGGACCCAGCUGUCCUGAGAGCCUCUGUGGGCCAUCCCCAAUGGGUGCUGGCCCCAGAAUGGGGUUUCCCUGCUUCCCCCUUGGCUGUGCCUUAAGGAGCCCAAGCCCUGGCAGGGGUCAUGGUCCUUUGUGAACUCCAAGUAGGCCCUGCACCCUACUGGCUGGUAUUCUUGGCUAGCCUGCAUGUGUAGGGGGAUCAGACAGUGUCCCUCAGGUAAUUGGAAAUGUCACCAA